UUCAAAUGGUGGGUUCAGGCUAAGGCUUAGACUGAAGUCUAGUAGAAGUAAAAUAAAUAAAUAAAGAAUAUAUAACUCCAAGGAAACGGGGAAUAGUUUUUUGAACCUUGCUAUGGACUACGAGAGGCCAAAUGUCGAGACCAUCAAGUGUGUAGUUGUGGGAGACAAUGCUGUUGGGAAGACUCGGCUUAUCUGCGCCAGAGCUUGCAACACCACCUUGAGCCAGUAUCAGAUUCUGUCGACCCAUGUACCCACUGUCUGGGCCAUUGAUCAGUAUCGCGUCUGUCAAGAGGUUCUGGAGCGAUCUCGCGAUAUCGUAGAUGAAGUUAGUGUAUCCCUGAGGCUUUGGGAUACAUUCGGUGAUCAUCAUAAGGACAGAAGGUUUGCAUAUGGAAGAUCUGAUGUGGUGGUGCUGUGCUUUUCCAUUGCCAAUCCCAGCUCACUCCAUCAUGUGAAAACUAUGUGGUAUCCAGAAAUUAAGCACUUCUGCCCAAGAACACCUGUCAUUCUGGUGGGAUGCCAGCUUGACCUACGCUACGCAGACUUGGAAGCUGUCAACCGAGCUCGGAGGCCCUUGGCACGGCCCAUAAAACCAAGAGACAUCUUACCUCCUGAGAGUGGCCGUGAGGUUGCCAAAGAGCUUGGCAUUCCAUACUAUGAGACAAGUGUGUUUGACCAGUUUGGCAUUAAAGACACAUUUGACAAUGCCAUUAGAGCAGCUCUCUUCUCCAGGAGGCACCUGCAGUUCUGGAAGUCCCACCUGAAAAAAGUCCAUAAGCCCUUGCUUCAAGCCCCUUUCCUGCCUCCUAUGGCUCCACCCCCACUGAUAAAGAUUCCAGAAUCUCAUCAUAAGAAUAGAGAUGGCCCUGGGCAUCUGUUUGACAAUCCUCUGUGUGCAGAUGUCAUGUUUAUUGUUCAGGAUCAUGUCCGUGUUUUUGCUCAUAGAAUCUAUUUGUCUACGUCAUCUUCAAAAUUCCACGACCUCUUUCAGAUGGAUCUCCCUCAUGAGACAGUGGGCUUGGCUGCAAGUGAGCAGCGAGAGCUAGAUGACUUACUCAGGACACUCAGCAUGGAAAUGAAAAAGAAUAACAAGGCCAUGCAACCUCCUUCGCCUUGUGGUCUGAGGACAUCCAGGAGCGAGGACACCCUCAACGUGACAGACGGUGUGAAGGACAGUGGAACUGAACUGUCUCUGGUAUCCUGGAGUAGGGCUUUCAGCAUCAUUCACAAAGAGGUGGUCAACAACCCCAUGACUGGCAGCCCAGUGCUCAUUACUGUGGUCCAGAUGGACCAAUCUAUCCAGAUAGCUCCCUUCACUGCAGUCCUCCAGUUCCUCUACACAGGACAGCUAGAUGAGAAUGAGAAGGACCUGAUGAAAAUUGCUCAGAUAGCAGAAAUCUUGGAAGUGUUUGACCUCAGAAUGAUGGUGGAGAACAUUAUGAAUAAUGAGAGCUUCAUGAAUCAGGAAAUCACAAAAGCCUUUCACGUGAGAAAGGCAAACAGAAUAAAAGAAUGCCUAGCAAAGGGAACAUUUACAGAUGUCAUUUUUAGGAUGGAUGAUGGAACUAUUAGCGCGCAUAAGCCCUUACUGAUCUCAAGCUGUGACUGGAUGGCUGCCCUGUUCAGUGGUUCUUUUCUGGAGAGCUCCAACAAUGAGGUUUUGUUCCCAAACACCAGUAGGGUGUGUAUGCAGGCAGUGCUAGAGUACCUCUACACCAAUCAACUCUCCCCCUUGGAAGAUUUAGACCCAGUGGAAUUGCUGGCUCUGGCAAAUAGGCUCUGUCUUCCCCGACUGGUAGCUCUAACAGAACAGUGCGCUGUGAAUGAGCUUAUAAAAGCUUCAAGAGAAGGACAAGACAUUGAUGGAGAUGUUCUCACCUACCUUGAACUGGCCCAGUUCCAUAAUGCCAAUCAGUUAGCAGCUUGGUGCUUGCAUCAUAUCUGUACUCACUAUAACACCAUCUGCUCCAAGUACCGCAAAGAGAUCAAGUCAAAAUUACCAGAAAACCAAGAGUACUUUGAGAAGCACCGCUGGCCCCCUGUGUGGUAUCUGAAGGAAGAAGACCACUACCAGCAUUUGAGAAAGGAGCGCAUGAGGGAAGACAUGGUCCUCAGGAAGCACCAGUCCAGCAGGAGGUGGUGUUUCUGGAACACUUCCCCAGCGGUAGCCUGA